AUGCUGCCCCCGUGGGUUGCGGCUUUGACGCCGUCAGAGCCCCAGGGGUCAAGUUCCCUGGCCGGCGAACGAGCAAAGUCCACCAUUGACACUGAUCAGAUCGCACGAUUCUUCUAUCCAGAGGGUUAUCUGGAAAGACAAGAGCGGCUUCUCCAGAUCCUCGAGGCUGAUCCAGCUUUCGAAAAGACGAGCAAUUAUUACGACGGCCGGACGGAGCGAUGGAAGAAAGCCCUUGUCAGAGCAAAGCGCAUUGCUGCCCUCCAAAUCCAACAUAAAUGGACCGAUGAUGAGUUGUGGGCAGCCCUUGAGCUGUUAGGCGAAGCGGUCCCUUACGCCCUGCACUGGGGCAUGUUCAUCACGACUUUGCGAGACCAAGGUACUCCGGAGCAACAUGACUUAUUCCUUCAAAAAGCCCUGAACUUUGAAAUCAUCGGCUGCUAUGCACAGACCGAAUUGGGCCACGGAUCCAAUGUCCAAGGGUUAGAGACACGGGCGACGUGGUGCCCUCACGACAAAACCUUUGUCUUGAACUCGCCCUUCCUGACGGCCUCAAAAUGGUGGAUUGGCACGCUGGGCCGCACAGCAAACUACGCAGUGGUCAUGGCGCAAUUGGUCAUCGAAGGACGUUCUUACGGGCCUCAUCCAUUCAUAUGCCCUUUGCGAGAUCUGACGUCGCACCAGCCUCUGGAGGGGGUCUACGUGGGGGACAUAGGGCCGAAGAUGGGCUACAACACGAUGGACAACGGCUUCUUACUCUUGCACAAUGUCAAGAUUCCCCAUGUCAACAUGUUGGCCAGGUUCUCGAGGGUCGACCCAGACACAAGCAGAUAUAUCAAGCCGGCAGCCCCAGGGUUGGUGUAUGGCACAGUCACGUAUGCACGCAUGAGAGUGGCUGCGGAUGCAGCCCGGGGUCUGGCAAGGGGCACCACCAUCGCCAUCCGUUACUCUGCCGUCCGACGACAGUUUCGAGCUCGCGAUCCUCAGACCUCUCAACCUCUCCCAGAAGGGCCGGAGAUGCAGGUUCUCGACUAUACCACUGUGCACGCACGUCUCUUGCCCCUAGUCGCGGCAACUUUUGCCCUUCAAUUUACCGGGACCGCCAUGCAAACCCUCUAUCGACUGGCCAAAGAGUCAUUGCCAGGCCAAGGGGGGAGUUUGUCGGAGACUCCAAAGGAAAAGGAUCUUUUUGCCGAAAUGCACAGUACGUCGUGUGUACUUAAGGUGUUUGCAAGCAUCACGGCAGCGGAAGGCUUGGAAACUGCCCGGAGAGCCUGUGGUGGUCACGGCUACUCGCUGUUCAGUGGCAUUGGUUCUUGGUACGCCGAGUAUCUGCCAACCAUGACCUUCGACGGCGACAACUACAUCCUGUCUUCACAGGGGUCCCGCUAUCUGAUCAAUGCCGCCCGAUCUGUCCUGCGCGGCAACGCCCUUCCAGGGUUUACCGUGGACAAUCUCCAAGCCUUUCGUCGUCCAGGGGGAGCGACCGUCAACUACGAUCUCGACAACGACCAGGACAUUGUCUCGAUAUUCGGACGGAGAGCCGCAUUCUACACCUUCCAGAUUCUGGAACAAAUCGACGAGAAGCAUACUGCCCACAACGAGCUGCUCCCCGAUUACUGGAGACUGUGUCGCGCCCACGCCGAGUUCCUGGCCGUCCACCACUUCUCCGUCGAGCUCAAGAACCCACGGACCAACACCCAGCUGGGACCCCAGUCCGCCAAUGUGCUAUGGGACUUGUUCCGCCUCUUCGCGACCGACCUGAUCACCAAGGAACCCCAGGGAUUCUACGUCUCCGGGACCCUCACGGUCGCACAAGUCGAGGAUCUGUCUCGCAACAACCUGCCCCUUUUGCUGAAACGCAUCCGUCCACACGCCGUCCGUCUGGUGGAUUCGUGGAAACUUCCCGACUGGCUGCUCGACAGUUCUCUGGGCCGGUACGACGGUCAGGUCUACCCCGAUCUGUUCCGUCGAGCCAGCGAGCUCAACCCGUUGAACAAGGUCGACAUCAACCCUUAUCCGUUCACGGACCGGAAGCGAGACCGCCCUCCCGUUGAAGCUGAGCCCACGCAUAAGCAUUCUAGAGGGAAACUAUAG